UGCUUACAGAUACCCAAACAAACAAAAAGCAAGAACAUAAGAAUGAGAAUGAUGGGGACAGAUGUAGCAGUGUAGAUGCAAGGAGUAGAGGUAGUGAUGGGAGAUGAGUUUAAAUACCUGACAUCAACGGUCUGCACAAGAGCAGUGAAGAGAGUCCAGGAUGGAGGAUGGUGAUGAGUCUGCAUACCGGCAGGAAGUUGAGCGGCUGGUACUCUGGUGCAGUCAGCACAAUCUGGAGCCGAACACUCUUAAAACUGUAGAGAUGACAGUGGACUUCAGGAGACACCCCUCAACUCUGCCCCCCUUCCCAUAUCAGACAGCCCUGUGUCGACUGUGAAGAUCUUCAAGUUCCUUUGUACCACCAUCUCCCAACUACAUCCUCAAAAAUCCAAGUGUAAACCUUGAAUGUCUCCGCUGGGUGGCAGUAAUGGGAUGGGUUAUUCGCUGCUGCACUGUCUUUGUGUUGGUCACCGUUGGUUAUUGCUCGCCUGCCAAAAAGCACCAAAACACACUGGCUUCUCACCAUAACACGGCAGUGCCAGUGAUGGCCUCCCCCCUCCCUGUCUCCUUCAUCCUGGUGGUUCUCCUGUUGGUCAAGUCACCUGUGUGCCAGGCAGGGGACUGCAAGGGCCACAGGCAGGUUUUGAGGGGACCACCUGGCUAUGUGACAGAUGGAGCAGGAAACUACUCUGUCAAUGGGAAUUGCGAGUGGCUCAUCAAAGCUCCCAACAACAGUCACCGCAUUGUCUUGAAUUUCACCUUCAUGAACACAGAGUGCACUUAUGACUACCUUUUUGUGUAUGAUGGGGACUCCUACCAAAGCCCCCUGCUAGCCAGUCUGAGUGGCCACACGUUGCCCCAGCCCGUUGAAGCAAAGUCUGGCAAGAUGCUGCUUCACCUCUUCAGUGACGCUAAUUACAACCUACUGGGUUUCAAUGCAACUUACACCUUCUCUUUGUGCCCUGGAGCGUGUGGCGGUCAUGGUCGUUGUGAUUCCUCUACAUCAAAGUGCCAUUGUCAUCAGGGUUGGGGUGGGCCCUCAUGUACAACCCCUCUGUGCACUCAAGCUUGUUCUGUGAACGGCCAGUGUGACAAGAAAGGAGAGCGUUGUCUGUGUAAGCCAGGCUUUGUGGGUCAAAACUGCCAGCUUGGUCUCUAUAAUGACAGCGGUGCAGGGAAGUGGUGGCGUGUGAGUGAAGAAAACCCCUACACACCUCCCAGGACAGGUUCUGCAGGCGUGUACCUCUCCUCCACAGGAGCCAUGUACCUGUUUGGCGGAUUUGAUCUGAACAGAGCUCUUGGUGACUUGAUCAAAUACAAUUUUACAUCCAACCAAUGGGAAAGCAGGUCUUAUGGUCAUUCACCUGUGGCUCGUCAUUCCCACACAGCAGUAGAGUAUAUGGGUAAAAUGGUUGUCUUUGGAGGAGAGCUAGCCAACGGCUCCCUGGCCAAUGAUGUUUGGAUGUACCGGCCUCUCAAUGAUGACUGGCAACAGCUUGGCUUUUCCACUUCACGUGGUGCUCCUAAACUGGCUAAUCACGCUGCGGCUAUAGUAGACAGUUAUCUCUAUGUGUUUGGAGGUCGUACUGAGGAGGAUAUGUUUUCCUCGACUCUGUAUCGGUUCAGCCUGCAUGACUCUGGACGGUGGGAGACGGUUCAGCCCACAGGUGGGAAGCCACCUGCCACUGCUGGGCACUCCAUGGUCUUCCACGGCCCUUCCAGGACAUUGCUUGUCUAUGGAGGGCACAGGCCUAUCACUGCCAGGUUUAGUGCCAGGGUGAGCAAAAUAGACGUGUUCCAUGUGGAUCGACGAUUUUGGACAUCCUUCCGUUCGCGUUUCACAGCAACUGGCCCAAGAGAGCGAGCUUUCCAUUCAGCCACUGUCAUCGGAAACUACAUGGUUGUCUACG